UUGUGGAAGUCUGUUCUAGCAAGCUGUAUUACAUCAAUGUCUGCAUCUUCUUUAACCACACAUGGAAUUUGCAAUACAAUCCAUUACAGCCUCAAAGCUUCAUCCACCUAGCAACAUGAACUGACUUGAUGGAAUUCAGAUAUUGUGUUGAUGUCAUGUUGUCAAGAGUUACUGAUUUACGAAAGUUCUGGACGAAGCAGAGGACUAUACAGGACGUUCCGUCUGCUGUGUGCCAAUAAACUGGCACCCAGCUGCUUUACCUACUGCUGUUGCCACCUCUGCCUACAACAAGCUGCUACAAAUAUUUGACAACAACAACAGUGCUUCUGCCUCUAUUGCUAUGAAUGUUCUAUGGCCACGUGUGCUGGCUAUGUUGUUGGCCUGCGUGGCCUUUAGUGUGGCACUUCAUGGCGCACCGGUGAGGGACCAGUCGGUGGAAGAGUGGUGCCUUUUCAGCUGGGGAUUUAGCUUCUUUGGCACACUGCUGGUGCUACUGGUGGAGCUAUGUGAGCUGCAGUCAAGCGUACCUGUCUCUUGGAAGAACUUCACCAUCACCUUCGCCUGCUUUGCUUUCCUCCUCUGCCUCUCCGCAUCCGUCGACUUUGCCUUGUACUUUGUGAAAGGCUUCUUCAUGCAUGGUGUGUCCUACAACUGCCGUGUGGUCUCACUGGUCUUCUCCUGCUUUGCCACCAUCGCCUAUGCAAUGGAGGUAAUCAUCAGCAAGGUCUGGGCAAACACGGACAGGGAGGCUGGUUACAUGGCCACAGUGCCUGGUCUGCUGAAGGUCUGUGAAACGUUUGUGGCCGGCAUCAUCUUUGUGUUCAUCAGCGACCCCAACGCCUAUAAGAGUCACGCGGCCAUCAAAUGGUGCAUGGCUGUCUAUUGCAUCUGCUUCAUCCUGUCCAGCAUGGUCAUCAUCCUGUCCAUUGGGAAUUGCUCUGACUACCUGACCUCCACCCCCACCUGCUGCUUGUCCUUCUACGCCUUGUUGGCCGUCAUUAUGUAUCUGACAGCCACCAUCAUCUGGCCCAUCUAUAAGUUUGACAAGGUGCAUGGGGGAAGCCCCUCUAGGCCCAGUCAGUGCAGCAGCAGCAACCCAGACCUUUGCCCAUUUGACAAGAUGAUAGUUGUGGCUGUGCUCACCGGUGUGAACUUUAUACUAUACCUGGCUGAUAUGAUAUACUCUGUCAUACAGUUUAAGGAAGAUGACCAAAACUCAUAUAGCCAAUUAUGACACUUAUCAGUGUCAAGCAGUUUGUAGAGGUGACCAAUACCUAUAUGUUCCAUUUUGGCAUUUAUCAGUCUACCACACACACAAAACGUUAUAUCCAUAUCAUAUCACUACAUUCGCACAGCAUUUUGAGAACAGGCUGAAGUAGUAGUGUGUUACCAAUAUGUGAUGAAGAACUGAAGAUUUGACUGACUAAUGACAACAAGCACAGUACUAGCAAGCCAUCUUGCUUGUGCAUGAAGUUACUUCUACUGGAUAUAAUUAUUAUUUUAUGCUGUUGAGUGAAAAUCUGUGAGACAGUUGUUGAACUGUGUGUCCUAAGAGAACACUAAAAAAAGUUUUGAGAAUCCAGAUAUUGAUGUUGAUUAACAUUAGCCUAGAAAGAUAACCUGACUUGCUACCUGGUUGGUGACAAAUUAUGUUUUUGAUACUUUAGCAUGCAACACCUGAAAAGCCACAUUGUUAGCCUACUUAUUCUGCAAAUUCCAAGUAGCAGUGCUACAUCUGAAUGACAAUACCGCUAUGAUUCCAAGAAUGUUCACGCUUAAGAAAUCAUUGCAUCUCAUUUUACAUUGGUAUUUGUAAACAUUGCAAUUAUACUAGUCAUAACAUGUAAAUAGUUAUUAUGACCGCUGCGCAGCGAAGCUACGGCCGGGUCUCGGCGUGCUCGAAACAGACCCCGGAAUGAUUUUCCAAUGAGCUUCUCAUCCAUCUCACUCCAACGCCAACAAGGUCUGGUUUCCCUCAGCGUUGACAGGCGGAGUAGGUAACCAGGGGGAGCCCCGUUUCCGCCGCCUUGGCGACCGGCGCUUUUGUUUUCCACUCGGACGCGAGGUCUGGAUUAGUGUUAAUUUCGUCAGACGAGACGAGAGGAAAUAUGUUCGUCAACAACCUUUUUUUUCAUGACUAAGA